AUAAACCACGAGCUCUUAUAUCAGUGUUGUUGUUAAUGUUCUGGUUAUAUUGUUUUAGUGUACAGUUUUUAGCAAAGCAUACAGUUAAAGUAAACUUCAUUAUUUAGCUGAACUGUGCACAUUUAUUUGAGACACUUUGAGACAUAUCUUGUUCCAUUCGUGCGAUAAAUGCCUAUCCCUGCUGUGGGCUAUGAUUAAUUUCACGGGCAAUGCAGAAAAAAUUACAAUUUAAAAUAAAUCAGAGCUAUAGAAAUGUAUUGUCAUUUAAAAAAAAUAAAGCUUCAUAUUAUGAGAAGGCUAUUUUCUACAACCUUUUUAUCCUGCAGUCAAGGCGAGAAUAGGUUUCUUCGAUCCAAAAAACAAUAACAAUAAUCGAUAAAAGGAUCGAAAACAACAGAGGAAUCGAUUCUUGGAAUCGAAUCCCAUCUAUUCCAGAACAAGGAAUCGGAAUCGGACUCGAUUCCGAACAGCUCUAGCUUCAGGAAGUAAACAGCACAUUCUUCGUAUUGACGUCAUCGCGUGUUUGCGUGACUCGCUGCUGCGCCCGUGUGUUGGAGACCUGUCAUUGCAUUGCAUAUCGAAAAAAAUUAUACAUUUUUAAACGUAUUUUCAAGUACCUUAGCAUCUCAUGAAGCUAUAUUACACAUCAUCUUACAAAUAUUUACAAUAAAAAAAGAAAUAGAUAUAAGUCACCAUCUCUAGCAAGUCACAUUUUCUCUCGCUCCCAGUUUGGCUCAAAUUGUGUUUUUCCGCAGGUGAAAAAAUGCGACGCACUGAAGACUGUCAAAACUCAGGAAUCCCGUUUUUGUGGGGCUUAAACGGAUGACGACUGAAAGCUACGUGAAUCAAGUGCAGUUUUUAUUUUUGUGGCAAUGUUGUUGUCUCAGAUCAAAGUGGUAUGUGUUGUCCUGUGCCUUAUUGGCUUCAGGGAGCCCUGGAAUACAUCAGCUCAAGUUUAAUGCAUUUCAUGUAACUCAUGAGUCUGCGCUGUCAUGCAGAUGUUACAGCGGUUCUGCACGGAGGACUCGCACAUCAAGGUUUUAUCAGAUCUGUAAAUGAUGCUAACCUGAUGUUUGAGUUCUUAUGGAGAGGACUGGAGAUUGAUGCUGACAAUAAUGUUGUCAUGCGGGAUCAAGAAAUUGCAUCGAUGCGACAAGGGCGAGCUUUCCUAUCUCUUAUAAACGACAGUAUCCCAAAGACUGUCUCUGCAAUGGAGAAGUUACUGGCUAUGCUGGAAGAGCAAGACAACUCUUUCACUCAGGCCCAUUUUGAGACCCUCCUCCUCGGGACUAUCUAUUCAGCCUACCAGGCACGAAACCAGAGGCUAGAGUCAGAGCAGCAGGCCUGGAUGGAUAUUCUUGGUCGUUUUGCAAAUGUUACUUUCGUUCAGCUACGCAAGUCUUAACAAUAAACAUACCAGUGAUUCACAAGUUCACACGUACAGAAAAUAAAAUCAGAUAAAGAGUAUGCAUAUUUGGCGUGCUGUCCGAGGGGAGAGCUCUGAGCUCGGAAUUUGGCCCGAACCCAGAGUACUCCCCCAUAUCCUAGUAUGGGAUAGGAAAAGUCUAGAGUGAGGAGUUGGGGUGGUGAAGGGAUGCUGGAAACUGUUGAGGGACAGAUGUACCUCCUCUCGUGCUGAUUGGGUAGAUUAUCUGAACGUGUUCCUCCAAAACUUUGUUAAAUAAACAUCA